CUUCUCUUCUCUCUUCUUUUUCUUUCUUCAUCUCUAUACUCGAUACAAGAUGAACGGCUUAGAAAACCAACUUUUUCAACUAAAGUUUACAGCAAAGCAACUCAAUAAACAAUCCAAGAGGUGCCAAAAAGACGAAAUUACUGAAAAAAACAAGUUAAAGAAGGCUAUACAAGAUGGUAAUAUGGAAGGGGCGCGUAUAUAUGCUUCCAACGCUAUCAGAAAAAAAAAUGAAGCCUUAAAUUUGCUUAAACUUUCUUCUCGUAUUGAUGCUGUUGCAAGCCGUGUUCAAACAGCUAUCACGAUGAGAAAGGUCUCUAAUUCAAUGGCACAAGUUGUACGUGGCAUGGGUAGAGCUAUGGAAACAAUGAACUUGGAGCAGAUCUCAAUGGUGAUGGAUAAAUUCGAGUCACAAUUUGAAGACCUUGAUGUUCAAACAGGCUACAUGGAGGGAGCUAUGGCUGGUACUACAACAUUAAAUACACCCCAGGAUGAGGUCGACUCGCUUAUGCACCAAGUAGCAGACGAACAUGGCUUGGAAUUGAAUGAUGCCCUGAAUGAACUUGAACCCAGUAAGGUUCUUAAUGAACCCAAGCAGAAGGAAAAAGAAAGGGAUGAAGAUAGAUUGUUGACUGAAAGAUUGAAGGCUCUGAGACAAUAAACGUUCUUUUUUUCUAAGGAGAAUAGCCUUUAUUGGCAUACGCACACUGUAUAUUGACAUAUUUAUAUGUACUCCUUGCAUUUAUAGAGUCACUGUGUUAUUGAUAUAAAACUCUUACUUUUUUGCCUUUA